CGUGCGUUGUCUAUCAAUCAGUUGCAGAAACAUCUGCAUUUUGAAUGGAUAUCACAUUUCAGGGGGUGGAUUAACAUUUCGGGAGUGGAUAGUCGCAUGUGUCCGAUUUGGAAUACUCACACGUGUCAGUUCACUUGCACGUUUCGUGAAUUGCACAUCGCCUAUACAGUCCCAGUAUUCUGUUCUAAAGAAAAUGGAUUAUUAUUUAAUAUCACUAGUCUUAGUUUACUUUUUUCAUACAUCGGCCUGUAUAGAUUGUGAUAAGGAACCGAAAACUCCGGAAACAACGUUGAAGAAGAAAUUGUUAUGCAGCACGUACGACAAAUCCGAACGACCGGUACAAAGCCACACUUCGGCGGUCAAAGUGGAAGUGGAUUUGAUUUUACAAAAUUUCGAUUAUGAUCAAGAUUAUCAGAAAAUGUAUCUAAACGUGUGGCUUCUGCUGUCGUGGAAGGAUGAAUUUCUUCACUGGAAUCCUGUGGAGCAUCAAGGCGUUCAGGAGCUUUUAGUAGAAUCGGACGAAAUUUGGACUCCUGACUUGUUGCCAUUUUCAUCCUACUACAGCAACAAUCUGGACACAUCCUGCACAACGCCGAAGUGUCAAGUCAAAAGCGACGGUAAAGUGAACUGUGUGCCGGCAUGUGAGUAUCAUACGUUGUGCGAAACGGACUACACCAAUUGGCCGUUCGAUCAGCAAAACUGCACCAUGUUGUUCGGGAUGUGGGCAGAAACCGGGAACCAGGUGGAUCUCAGCUCGAAUGGAACUUCCUAUGGUACCGGGACAACGAACGUUCAUAAUCAAUGGAUGAUCAAGAAGAUGAAAGCGGAACACCACCGGUCCACGAUGAUCGAUAGCAGCAACAGAACUACGACCUAUCCAACGCUAGUGUUCAACUAUCUUUUGGAACGACACUCCGGGACAUAUUGGGCCAUGUUUAUUACACCAGCUUUCUUGAUGGUCAUCGGGAAUUUGGUAUCCAUAAGUCUGCGAUGCGACUCUUUGGAACGAAUGGUACUACUGGGAGGCAACACCUUUACGCAAUUCGUUUUUCUCGAAAGUAUAUAUUGGAGGAUUCCGUUCAAUGGUUCUAGCGUCCCAACAUUUGUUGUCUUCAUGCGAGAUUCCUUAUUCAUUUCUACGCUGCUGCUGAUCUUCACAGUAUUCCUCAAACACGUCUACUUAAACGAAACGGAGGCAUCCCCGAGAUCCCGGGGUUUGGUGACAGCAUUUACCAGCACCGGUUUGGGUCAGUUAGUUUUCGGAUCGACGGUCAAAAUCAGCUCGAUGGAAAAUGGCGCUGAACCAGCACAUGAAACUACUGCAACAACCGAUGGUGGAAGCUCUGAUACAGCAAUCCUGGUGGAAAGUACUGUACUGCAUAAGCCAAACGAAGGAGAAAGUAUUUGGAAAACUUUGGCCUUGAUCCUGGAUAGAUUGCUGUAUGCUGUAACGACUGCUGUCUACAUUUUUAUGAUCAUAAAGUUGCUGCCUAACUAAAUC